AUGUCAAAUUCAAGACUCUUAAAACCAGAAACGCAUCGAUAUUAUCUCAUCGAUGAUAACGAGAAUGAGGCAAAUGAAAGUGAUAUUUCAAAUCAGCAGGAAGAUUCAAUAAAUAUUCCUCCUAAAGAUCACUAUCAAAUUGUAUACCUGAUUUUUUUUCUACAAGGCGUGGCAAUGCUCCUAGGGUGGAAUGUAUUUAUCACCGCCUCAGUCUUCUUUCAUUCGAGAUUCCUUGGAUCUCCUUAUUCCGAUAAUUUUCAGAAUUACUUUUCUAUUGUCAAUAUGGGAUCAAAUUUAUUAUUUCUCACCCACGCCUUGUAUACACAAACGACGGCGAAUGUUUCGGUCCGGUUGAUCUUCUCUCUUUUUGUCUCUGCUUUCACUUUCUUCGCUAUAACAGUAUCCACACAAUUCUUAGAACUAUUUACACCAUCAGGAUACUUUUAUUUUGCCAUCACAUUAGUAUUUCUUAUCGGAAUGACAACCGCUUAUCAACAAAAUGCAAUAUUUGGGAUCGUAGCUUUAUUUCCUCCAAAAUAUACUCAAGCCGUAAUGAGUGGUCAAGGUUUAGCCGGCCUUGCUAUAUCACUUUCUCAAAUUUUUAGCGCACUUGCCGUUGAUCAAACAUCAAAUCAAACGCCAGCUGGUGAUGAUUUAACACUCAGUACCUUUAUUUAUUUUCUUUCCGCUUUUGCUGUCAUACUUGUUUCAUUAGUCUCGUACUUCAUUCUUAUUCGUUUACCCCUUUACAUAUAUCACGUCUCACCAGACUUGACUUUUGUGAAUCAAGGUGUAGAUAAUUCUUUAAACGAAAGAUCUUACAAAAAUACAUUUAACAAAAUUAAUAAGCUAAUUUUUGCGGUAGCUUUUGUCUUUUGUGUGACCUUGAGUGUUUAUCCAUCUAUAACCUCAUUCAUUAAAUUUGCUGGGCAGAUAUCUACCAUCUCAAGAAGAGCUGGUGAUAACCAAUCAGAAUCAAAUAGCAUUUAUGUCGAUUUGUCGUGUUAUUUUCUUGCCAUUAAUACUGCUAUGCAAUCUGUUUCUAAUGGUUACGUUGGAUCUUUAGCGAUGAUGGCUGGACCACAAGUGGUGGGUGUUGAAAAGGACCUUGCAGGAAUACUUUUAUCAUAUUUCUUGGUAGUCGGAUUGACCGUUGGUUCAAUCUUUUCUUUUCCAUUACGAGCUAUCAGUUGGGCUUGA